AAGGAAUGGACUGGUAGUCCUACCGACUCCUACAAGUGAUGGGUUGGUUUUUCACCCCUUCUCUCUCAUCUUCGCUUCCACACCUGAAACUAGAUAUUUUAGGGGUUUUCUCUGCAAACCCUAAUAGCCAAUACCAAAAAUCAGCCAUGAAUUCAUCUUCCCUAAUCGGCUAAUCUUCGAUCCUCCGGCCCCAGAACUCAUAAAGUUUCACAGAUGUGUAUUCGAAUUGUUUAAUUGUAUGGAUGAUAAAUUUGAAGAUAUUACCAAAGAGAUGUUGGUGUUGCUGCUUCUGUCGAUAGAAUUUAUGUCACACCUCAACCUCAAUUCUCUGAUUUGCGAAUUGAAUGGUAAAAAGAAGUUUUACUGAAGAUUUAUUGAUGCUGCUGCAUGAAUCGAUAUCCGUAUAUGUCCCACUUCAAGCUUAUUCAACCGGAAGACCAGGAUUCUCGAUUUCUCCUUCUGGCAAUUCAAUUCAUAUCUUGCAAAGAAGUUGGACCUCAGUCAAAAAACUCUACCUCUAUCGAUCUGUUGAAGGUGGAUUAGAUAACCCAAUUCCGAGAUUGGGUCACCUGACUCAACAUUGCACAGAUAUAUAUCUCCUCACUCAUCGUAGAAGGCAAUCCCCACCACCAGUUCAACUUGCACCUCAUCAGAUAUUACAUGCUCAUCCACCUUCACCGGAAGACAAUUACUCGGAAGAAGAGAGAUUUAAUUUAGAUGUAGAUGAACCAGAUCCUGAUUGGAAUGAUUGGAGCCUUGAAGUUCAUCCCUCUCCAAACUCUUCAGGUCAAGAACAAUCUCCACUCUCUUUUUCUGGAGCAGAACAAGCAUAUAUGGUUACAAUCAAGAAGGCUUCAACUCUUUCAUGGCUUCUAGCUCCGAAUCUACUGAUUCAGAUGAUUUCUAUGCUUGGAUGAGAAACAAUCAAAACCACACAGAUCAGGGAAGGGCAAGAAGCAGAACAACAAGUACUAAUGAGGAGGAUAUAAAUAUGCACAAUUCAAUUCAACAACCAGUUGAGGUUUCAUAUCAACAACAACAGACACAACAGAGCCAUGUCAACUUCCUAACUUCAGAUAUUGAAGCGGAGUUUGAGCUAGCCUCUGAUGCGUCUUCAAGCUCUGCAAAUAGUGUAGCUCGGCCUGGUCAUAAGAGGGCUAAUCCCGAGCAGCAGGCAUAUCUUCAAUCGUCUGGCAUUGGGACAUCAUCUGCGCCAAACAUAUCAAGACGAAUGGAUGUUGAGGAAUUGCAUCAAUGGACAUCUCAACUGAAUCCUGCAAAACGAUGCAAAACAGCAGCAAUUAAACCAAUCACUCCAGAUAUCUCGGUCAACAACAAUAGCAACAGCAGCAGUAACACAAACCACAACAUCUUCUGAAGUUACCAAUGCAAGCUUUUAAAGUAUGAUAAAGUCCAUCCAUAUAAAUUAUCAAUCAACUACAUAGAAGUGCGGCAACAUUUCUAGGGCCGGUGGAACUCCACCUAUAUUUUUUGCAAUUAUCUUUUUUGUUUGUCUGUGACUAAGCAAUCUUCUUUUGUGUUUCACUCAGCAGCUGACAGUUUUUUUGGUUUCAGUCUUACCGUUACAUGGUAUGUCAAUUGCAGUUCUUUCAUUUUAGUCACUCUUUAGGUUGCUUUUAAUAAUUUCUAGUUUAUAAGGUUAGUCCAGUGUUAGUCUGUUAAAUAAUUCGAGUCCUCUCUGGUUUUACAGAGUGCUUUUGGGUGUGUAUUAGAAAGAUAAGUGUUGUAUUCAAUAGUAGAGGGUUGUUGGCAGUGUAUUAGAAUCUCUUUGUAGGAGUCUAAUAAUCCUCAAUUAGAAUCUCUGAGUUUCUCCUCUC